AUGUAUUUAAUGAAAUUUUAUAUUCCAAUUCUUAUUAUUUUAAUUGAUCAUGUUCAAACAUUUUAUCUAAAAUGUCCAUUCGAUACAAUUGUUACUUUUGGAGAUUCACAUACUGAUACGGGAAAUGUAUAUAAUUUAACAGAACAUCAUUGGCCUUUAGUUCCACCUUAUUAUCAAGGUCGUUUUACUAAUGGUCCUGUUUGGAUAGAAAAACUCAAUGUUUCGAAUAUUAUUAAUUAUGCUUAUGGUGAUGCAACAAUUGAUAAUGAUAAUUUGGUAGCAGGUUUUACUGGACCAAAUAGAACAAUCGUACCUGGUAUUCGUCAACAGAUUGUUGAUUAUUUAACUGUUACUGAUAUAAGUAAAAUUGAUUUAUCAACUACACUUUAUAUUAUUUGGGCAAGUGGUAAUGAAUAUCUGAUUGAUUCAAGUUUAUCUCCCGAUACAGUGAUUACUUCUCUAAUAGCUGCUGUUUAUGAUUUACUUGUUGUUGGAAUACAACAUCUAAUUCUUAUAAAUGUACCACCAAUUCAAUCAUUUCCUGGUGUUAAUAACGAUUCGAGAUUAAAUACAUUAAUCAAUCAGCAUAAUAAUUAUUUAGUAAUAAAUAUAUCUGACAUUCUAGCCGACUAUACAACAGUAUCUAUAAGAAUAUUUGAUGUAUAUUCAUUAAUAACAGAUAUUCUUUCGAAUAAUUCAAUGUAUAUAUUAAAUAAAACUGAUAAAUGUUGGAAUAUACUUGAUAAUCAUAUUAUUUCACAAUGUAAAAAUCCAGAUGGAUAUGUUUUUAUUGAUGAUUAUCAUUUUACAAGCGUUAUACAUCAAGUUAUUGCUAAUAACAUUAAACAAUUUAUUGUAUCAUCAGCUUUGAAAAAUUUUUCUUCUUCGAAAUUUUAUAUUUUCAUUUGUAUCAUUAUAUUUUUUAAAACAAAACUUCAAAUAUAA